AUGCUUCCGAAUGGGACAGAUGUAGCGGCAAAAAUUCUAAAUUUGCAAGUUGAUGGAGCUUUCAGAAGUUUUGAUGCAAAAUGUCAAGUGUUGCGAACAGUCCAUCAUAGAAAUCUUGUUAAAGUCAUAUAUUCAUGCUCUAACCCUGAGGUAAGAGCAUUGGUUUUGAAGUACAUGCCCAGUGGAAGCCUUGAUGAGUGGUUUUAUUCUCACAACUACUGCUUGAAUUUCUUUCAAAGAGUAAGCAUCAUGCUUGACGUAGCAAUAGCUUUGGAAUAUCUCCAUCAUGGUCAGUUCGAGCCUAUUGUUCACUGUGAUUUGAAGCCAAGUAACGUUCUAUUAGAUGAAGACAUGGUCGCUCAUUUGGGUGACUUCGGCAUUUCCAAAAUUUUAGUUGAAAAUAGGAUUGCAACACAAACCUAG